GCAAUGGUAUGACGGGCUGAUAAGCGAAGUCGAUCAUCAUAAACAAAGGAUCGCCUUUGCGGACGGCACAAACCGUGUAAUCAAAUGGAGCAUGAUCCAGCCGAGAAACUCCCACCCUCCAUCAGCUCAUCAUUCGGUGCACCAGACGCCCUUGUCUUCGCCAGCGAUGCCGCAACCUCUGAUGCGGAUGAAGGUCGAAAGCGUAUCGUUUCCGGGAUUUCAUAUCAAGCGCGAAACAAUAGCGGAACCGAUCUCUCCGAUCAAGUCCCCACAUGAGAAAAUUCCAAUGCUUCCCUCGAGCGUGGAGUCAUCCAUGGCGAUGGAGGACGUGAGAUUUAGCCCUUCCCGAGGGCAAUACGGCCUCAGCACCGACCAUGAAGCGUACGACAACCUGACGAGAAGGCUGUCAUUCCCCAACCAUCCUAUGAAUCUGCCGCCCCCAUCGCCGUCGCAUGUACAGCGGGUGCCGACUGAUCCAUACCGACAUAGCGCAUCUUUCAACCUACCCACCCCGUCGCCGUCGCACGGGCAUGUGCCGAUGGACGCGUACCGGUACUAUGGCUGGGGACACGCGAGAGGGUACCCGCCGGUGCCGCACAAUGGUUAUCCUGUCCAUCCGACCCACAUCGAGCGUCCGCACGAGCCUUGGCAACCUCAUGCGGACCAAUGGCAGCGUUCAGGUGAACAGUGGCAACGUCCCGGAGAACACUUCCAGCCAGGGAAUACGCUCCCUCCCAUCAGCUGCCUGUUCCAGCAGUCGAUCUACGACGGUUCUGCACCGAUGAGCAUGUCGGACAACUCCAGCGGGUUCCCGCCGUACCCGAUAUAUACCCGAACUCAGCACUAUCAACAAGCUAUCUGAAUAUCAACCGGCCUUUGAGCCCCGCAGCAACGCACACACUUGACAGCGAUACAAUAAGCGUUUCUGCCCUAUAUCGAGAAUUUCGCACAACAGCAGCCCGCGGAUCUUCAUUUUUCCUUCUUGCGCUUUUCUUUCUUUCAUUCCCUUCCUUGAAAGUGUAUCAACAU